AUGUUUAUUCGUGGCUAUGGCUGGAAUCAGACCGUAUCCGACCCGAGUGAAACGUCUGACGUCGAACUCAACCGAGGUGACAUGGUCCUGCGUUCUGGAACCCCCGAAAUAUCGGCACUCGCCAAACACGACUAUGCUUGUUGCGAUGCUGAACCCAGAGGCAUGGCACAACAAUAG